AGGUGUUUCAGAACUGAAGUAUUGGUACUCCACAAGAAUGAGAGUGACAAUAGUGGUGAAGUUGAUCUGUUGAUUCUCUCUUGAGUGCAGAAGUACAGUAUUGCAUUAAACAUGGAGAACACAACUGCUGUUGAUGUUGCGGAUGGACUUGAUGAGCUAGAGAAAAAGGCAUUGCUUUUAGUUGCAGAAGCCGUGGACAUUAUCAAGAUUGAGGUAGGAAUUGAAAAGUAUCGGGUUGAUGAUUCUCGGAAGGAAAGACAAGUGAAGAAGCCACGGGUUCAUGAAUGCCGUUCCAAUGAGGAAUUGCAAGUGGGAAACCUUCUUGAAAAGCCGCCGUCAUGCUACCUGAAUGAAAGUAAGGAAGCUGUUGUACAAUUUGCAAAGUUCAUGAUUUGGGCCAUGAAGGAUCACACAAACAUGUACAAUCUUCUCAUUGGGAAGUCGCCAGAUUAUAAUGGCCACUCCUCAGGAACAUUCCUCAUGAAUCUUCUUGAACUCAUCAUGAAAGAGGAAGCUGCAAAGAAAACUCAGCUUACAGGGCCUGAUUUGGAAUUGCAUAUCCAGAAUGCCACAGAAAUGGUGCCAGCUUUCAGCAGAAAUGGCCAUGAAGUAUACAUGGAUGUGAAGACAUGGAUUAAAAAUUCAUAUGAAACUCAUAUGAAGACUGUUGUGGGGAGGUACAUGGAGAUGAACUGCAUGUCCCCCUCUUUCAAGUCAUUUGGAACUGGAUGGUUGACAUCUGUCUACAAUGCUCGUAGUAUUCUGUGGGAGGAUUCCCCAUUCCAAAGGAGGUCUCCUUUCAAAACUGUGGCUGCUGUUGAGUUGCAGAGUGAUGAAGAUUUGCUGGUGAACUAAAUAAAGAGAAGGCUGAGAUGACCGCAGUAUCCAGACGAUUAUCAUGGACAUGCAUCCCUGAGUGAGGUAGCAUCUGAGUAGAACAGAUUUGCAGGACUUGAUGAAAAAGGUAACAUGCUGACAACCCCACCUAUUUGCAACUUGGC